GGGGAGGAACGAGUAGGAGAGACAGGAGGAGAGGGAGAGACAGGAGGAGAGGGAGAGACAGAGGGAGGAGAGGGAGAGACAGAGGGAGGGGAUGGAGCAUCAGCAGAGCUGCUUUCAGACACGGCCACCCCAGACAUCGCCAGCCGAGUACAGAGCAGUCCAGGGGAGGAUGAGGCGAUCUCAGAGUCGCCCGCAGGGAGAGGUGAGAUGAUGCAGACUCCUGAGAGCCUCAAAGCCCCAAGAAGCCCAUCCUCUUCAAACAGCACGGCCUAUAAGUCCCCCACUGACAUAGAGAGAGACACCCCGGAGGACACCCCUAGCUCAGGGACACCUCCGUCAGUCCAGCGAGCCCUGCUCACCAAGCGUGUCUCCCAGGACCCUGACCCGGUCUGGGUUCUCAACCUGCUGAAGAAGCUGGAGAAACAGUUUAUGACCCACUACGUCGACGCCAUGGCUGAGUUCAAGGUACGUUGGGACCUAGACAACAAUGUGAUGUUGGACACUAUGAUCACUGAGCUGAGAGACGAGGUGAAGAAGAGGAUCCAGACGAGCAUUGAUCGUGAGCUGAGGAAGAUCCGGGGGCGUGCAGGGCGGGGGGGCAUGCCGCGCCCCCCUAUCCUGUCCCGCGAUUCAACCGUUACAGACCAGAGGAGGCGGAGGCUAAAGGUCAUGAAGGUUCAGUCAGUGAACAAGAGUGACGGGGAGCAGGGUUCGGAUGUUAGUGACCAGCGCAGCGAGGGCGAGGAUGAAUACUGUCCCUGCGACGCCUGCAUACGGAAGAAGGCGGAUGUCCAACAAAUCAAAAUGGAAGCUGUGGUCGCCUCAGCGCCGGUGAUGAUGGCGUUUGAUCUGCGGAAGAUCCUGCUGAUGAAGAGAGACCCAAAGCCUCUUGCGCCCUCUAGCCCCACGCAGGGGUUGAACAAUGAUCACCUGGAAUUGGAGGAGAAGAAAGAGGAAGAGGAGGGUGUGAAUCCAGAGGUGGUACACAAAGACGAGGAAGAGGAGGAGACCAAGGAGGAUAUUAUACCAACUGUUGUCAUAGAGGAAGCUAUCCCUGAGGAGGAAGAGGAAGGAGUGACUGAGGGAGAGGAGGAAGUACAGGAGAGUGAUGGAGCUGAGUCUGUGAUGGGGGAUGUAGAGGAGGAGAUAGCUGAGGAAAUAGCUGAGGAGAUAGAGACUGAAGAACAGGAGGAUGGAGUGGUGGAGGGAACAGAGGAUGAGGAGGAGGAGGAAGGAGAGAUGGGAGGUGAAAUUUCAGGAGAAGAUGGCGUGGACGCGGAGGAGACUGGAGAGGGGGAGGAGUUAGUAGAAGGGGAGGAGGAAGGAGCAGGGGACGCUGAAGCAGUGCAGGAGGAUCAAGCGGGAGGAGAUGAAAACACUGUUGAUGGACCAGCAGAGGGGGAUGAGGUGGUGGGAGAGGGGGAGGAGACGGAUGAGGAGGAGGGAGAGGGGGAGGGUGAGGAGGGAGUAGAGACAGGAGAGGGAACAGCUGAGGAGGAUGAAACAGGAGGAGAGGAGGAGGAGGAUGGAGGAGAGGAGGCAGAGGAGAACAAUGUGGUGUCUGAAUUCAAGGUGGAAGAAGAGGAGGAGGAAGAGAAUGAAAACACAGCAGGAGAGACAAGUGGAGAGGAGGAGGGAGAGACUCCUGAGGAAGGCACAGAGGGCAAUGUGGGGGUGGAGGAUGCUGUGGAGGAGUUGAAUCCUGAAGAAGAGAAUGAAGAGGUGAAAGAGGGAAACAGAGAAAUCCCCCUGAUAAGCCAGAUGACCAGAACCUCUGUGGAGUCCCAGCCAGGAUCUAUGGAGAACACAGUUUCACCAAUGCGCUCUUUAACACCCAUUGAGACCAAGGAAACCGGCUCUGAUGGACAAAAGAUGGCGUCUGCAGGUGAGGGGUCUGGGGGGAAAGGCCAGAGGAGGAGCCGAUCUCCAGCCAGAGCCAAACGCAGGAAACCCAAAGAGAGCGAUAUAGAACUAGAUGAUCUAGAAAUGUAACCCUCACAGGACAUAGUAAUGAUCUAUGACGUCCAGUUCUAUCACAGAAGAUAGAACUGGAUGUUCUAGAUCUGCAAGCAUCACAGUCACAUAAAGCACUUUAUAAUCCCCUCUCUAGGUUAAAAAUAUCUAUACCGGAGGUAUUGCACAGGUGAAGGUAGAUUCUGCCAAGUCAGAGUGGCAUGUACUUUUUAUUGUUAUGGAAGGGUAUAACUGAAACAAUCAUAAUAUUACAAACCAUAAGAUGUCAUGUGAAAAUUAUAUUUGUAUAUUUCUAGAAACCAAUUGUAUUUAUGUCUGACUUUAUUUUCCUGGAGGGGUGUAUAUACUCUACUGUAUAGAGGGGUGUAUAUACUCUACUGUCUGGAAGGGUGUAUAUUCUCUACUGUCUGGAGGGGUGUAUAUACUCUACUGUCUGGAAGGGUGUAUAUACUCUACUGUCUGGAGGGGUGUAUAUACUCUACUGUCUGGAGGGGUGUAUAUACUCUACUGUCUGGAGGGGUGUAUAUUCUCUACUGUAUGGAGGGGUGUAUAUACUCUACUGUCUGGAGGGGUGUAUAUACUCUACUGUAUGGAGGGGUGUAUAUUCUCUACUGUCUGGAGGGGUGUAUAUACUCUACUGUCUGGAGGGGUGUAUAUACUCUACUGUAUGGAGGGGUGUAUAUUCUCUACUGUCUGGAGGGGUGUAUAUUCUCUACUGUAUGGAGGGGUGUAUAUACUCUACUGUCUGGAGGGGUGUAUAUACUCUACUGUCUGGAGGGGUGUAUAUACUCUACUGUCUGGAGGGGUGUAUAUACUCUACUGUCUGGAGGGGUGUAUAUUCUCAACUGUCUGGGGGGGUGUAUAUUCUCUACUGUAUGGAGGGGUGUAUAUACUCUACUGUCUGGAGGGGUGUAUAUACUCUACUGUAUGGAGGGGUGUAUAUUCUCUACUGUCUGGAGGGGUGUAUAUUCUGGACGUCAUGAUGAUAUGCGUAUUUUGUGUUUGUGAAUAGGUGUGUUGUUAAACAGAAUUACACCCUAGACCGGUUCUCCCCGAACAGGACUCAAAGUGGAGACCAAUUCCUCCUGGGUCCCAGACAGAAAUAUGGUUUAGUUUGUAAACCACUUCUCUUAGGUUAACCUGAGAGCACAAGGUACUGACAUCACAUACAGGUUAACUUGUAUCACUUAGCCAUAAACAUAUACCUCCCUGUGACAAUAGGCAUUGGGGGAAUGUAUUCAAAGUAACAACCAAACUAUAUAUUUAUAUAAUAUAUAAGCAACAAACCAUGUAUGUAUACUUGAUAAGAUUACUGUAGUGUCAUUCUGAAGCUCAGUGUUUGAAGACUGCCAUUGGAAUCUCAGGGAAGGAGGGUUGUAUGAACGAUUGUGAUGGGUGUAUGACGGACAACUUCCCUAUAAUGUUUGGUACCCGAAUAGUGCUGAGCGAUUAGUGCUUUUUGAAGUUGGUUCGGUUUCGUUUCGAUUAUUAAAAUAUAAUCAUGUUUUUUUUUCUCCAUUUCAAUUUCGAUAAUUAAAACAUAUUUUAAAUGCAUUAUGGAAUCAUGAAAUUAAACAUAUAUAUAUUUUUUUUUGCUCUUUAAUAGAAAUUCCAAAGCCUAAACUAGUGAACAUUCAAUUGCCAAAACAUGUAGAAAAUAUUCCAUUGACUCUGUCAGGUCCACAUUGGGUAGACACCAAUAGAGCAUAUUGAAAUUACUAUGAAAUAAUACAAUAUUUCAGUUGUGUAUAUUUACUUAGGUUUUCUUAAAUUAUUUUUAUUAUUUUUCAUUCUUUAAAGUCAUGGUCUCAUAUCUGUUCAGGCAGUAGCUGCCAGCCAGCCCAUCUAAUAUUAUAUCUGUGCUCCCCAUACUGUACUGUCUUGUCAUCCUAUUUAGCUAGCCUGCCUAAGUAUGCCGCAGAGCUGUCUGGCUAAAUCAUUUUACUAGUUCUUCAAAGAAGAUAAGGCGUACUUUCACCAACUAUCUCUGUCCCUCUUGUCAUUGUGUUGUGCACAUUGCGGUCUGUGUGUAUCUAACCUAACAGAGCAGGCGUAAACGUAUAUCAGUCUCUGUUGAAGCAGGAAAGAACGGGCGCAAUGGAUUGUGGGCAUUGUAGUUAAUGACCCAUGUUUCUGCACUGAACUACUAAGUUGAAUAUUUGCUUUAUGUAGAUGGGUUAGCUGACAUCACAAAACGAUGUGCGCGCUUCCGUGGGGCAGACGUCAACCUGUUGUGAUUCUGGAUGGCCAGAUUGUUUGCAAGAAUGACAAGAAACUAGCGUGUGGGGAUUCUGGAUGUGUCUCGUUUCUUGUUAUUGAUAUCAUGUCUUGUUUUGGCUGAUUUCAUGUCAAUGCUAAUAUGGCAAAAAAAAAAUCGCUAGCUCAUCAAUACAUUUAUUUACGUUUUCAAUAAACAUUGGAUAAGAAUGGAUACGAACCCUCUCAGUUUUGCCCCAUAGUUGCGAAUCCAACCCGUCUAUGAAAACUACAACUCCCUUCAGCCCAGCGUCCCACAUAGUUCUUGACUUGAUUUCUCUCUUGAAUGAUUUGUGUGUUGGGCUCACACAAAAAAAAAUGAAUGUAUUUCAAGUAAUUGAACUGACUUCAGUCAAUUAGUUGUUUAAUAGCAAAAAAAAAAAAAGUACAACAUUUCCGUUAAUCGCUCAUCACUAGUACCGAACCUGUUUAAGUGUCUGCUUUCUGUCAGACCCGUGAAGGUUGUUGUUGUUGAGUUGUCAAGGUAACGCACCCCUGAUCUGCGUCUGUGUUGUUGCGUUCAGUUGUUUUGUCAAGCGAUAUGACGCAGGAGGGCUUUAACCAUGUGGGACGGUAAUCACUAAAGUCUUAAUAAAGACGUUGCGUGGUCAAUCCGACGUCUGCAUUGGCCGGAGCACCAUUUACGGUGAUUACGGACUCUGCAGAAGUCAUUCUUCUUGCCCAUCGCCGAGCAGCGCAGAGCUGUUGUCAAGGAAGUGAGAUUGUCAACCAAUCAUGUCAAUGAGGAGCUAUUCGGAACCCUCCGCAUUGGUACAGAGUUUGGGAGGCCCAAGGCGAUGCGGUACAGAGCUCAGUUUGGUCUCCGUGUGCCUCUGGAGGCUCUGCAAUUGCGUCACACCUUCCGUUCAGAGCCUCCGGCCACAUUUUUUGGGGGGAUCAAGCAUAAAUAGGCUUUUACUGCAACCAUGGUGUCAAGAGAGAUGAGGGAGAAGAGAGACAUCUAUCUCUAUCUUUAAUGUCAUUAUUAGCGGUACAGCUGGUAUUGCUGUUGUUGUUGUCGUACCUGACUGAAGGGUUAUCUGGAUGUAUUGAAUAUAUUUAUGGAUAAGAUCAAACAGGACACUUGUAGUUUAGAGCGAAGUCCUCCUCAUAUCUAUAUAUCUACACUGUAACAUGUCUUUACACAGGGUUGAGACAGAGA